AUGGACUCAAAGGAUGCUCAAGAGAGUUUAGAGAGCGGCGGCGGCGGCGCACGCUGUCGCUGUAGCAACGGGAGGAGGACCGCGGCGGCGGUGCUCAUCAUCCAGAGUUUAUUAACAGCCGCCUGCGCCGCCUUCAGCCUCAAAAUCUUACUCAACCAGCAGCAACAGCAGACGUUUUCACAGGACAACGGGAUAUUCAUGCAAAUGCUCGACUUAGAUUCAGAUGAGCUGAGAUUCACAGCCAUCUGGAACCAGAGUGUGGAUCUGAACAAUCAGAAGAGGGUGAAGCUGUCCUGUGCAGGACCGUACAUGGUCUAUCUGUGGGCUUGUGUGAAGAGCUACGGCACUCAGAAGGCUGUCAACCUGACACUGAAACAGGAAAAUAAAUUGGAACGGGGAAAUAAAUUCCACCUGGAGCCAGGGUGCCAGGAGAUGCAAAGCGUUUUCAUGCUCUCCAAUAAUAGCGAAGUCACAGUGAAAGUCGAACACACCGAAGACAAUUUCAAGAUUGAAAGGCUCUUCUUAGGCCUGCACUACAUGCUAGGAGCCCAAUGCUUCUCUCAUCCACUAGAGAAGCCAUCCAAGUCAGAAGACGCUUUUUGAUUUGAAGCUAUGAAGGAUAUUUAAGGUGCUCGCUGUUCUUCAGAAGAGCUGUUUAAAUGAUAAAACUAUGGCAUGACCCUCAGUUUGAGUUACCACGAAGAAAUAUCUCUCGUUUUCACCCUGAUUUGAAGUUUGAAGUAUAAUGAUGAUGCCAUAGUCAGACUAAUUUCCCUGGACCAAAAAUAUAAUCGUGAAGCUAAAGAAGAAGACUUGGAGAGCUGCAAAGACAUUUUUCCAUAACGGAAGAGUCUGUUAUUUUUCCAUACUAUAUUAAAGCUUCCUGGCUCUUCAAGACGGACUAUUUGUGAAACACCUACUGCAUCACAGUGGAAGUGGGCGAUGAUGUGGUAUUAACCGUAAUGGCACUUUGUCAGCUCAAAGAGAGCAUACCUCACCACAGUCUGGAUUAGUGGCGUUCCAUAAGCUCUUUGAAUGUAUUGAUACUGUGUGGUUGAAAGAGAAUGGAAGGCCUUUAUCUGAAGUAACCAGCUGCAGAUCAUUUUGAAGCUACUUCUGAUCAAUGUACAUAGUACUGUCAUUUGAGCAGGAAUAAUUAGAACACCCUCAGGUAUUGUCCUGAUACAGCUUUCAAAUACUGACAUAGCAAUAAUGUUCUCAAUGUUUGUCAUUAUGAUUAUAUUUAUAUGGAAGAAAACUCCACAUAUGAAAGGAAAUACCAAAGGGUGACAUUUAUAUUUCAGUUUAGGCUUUGGA